CGGGCUUGCCCACCGCGGCAGGCGGCGCGGCCCCUCUAGGCGCCGGGCGUCUCCGGCCGCGGCACAGCCCGGAUGUAGCGGCAGCAGCCGGCCGAGCCCCCGGCCCGGGAGAACAUGGCGCUGCGAGCGGCGUGAGCGCGGGGAUGCGGCCGGGGAGCGCCUGAGCGUCGUCAGGUUUUUCCACCAUGUUUGGGAAGAAAAAGAAAAGGCUUGAAAUUUCUGGACCCUCUAACUUUGAGCACCGGGUUCACACUGGAUUUGAUCACAGAGAACAGAAGUUCACUGGUCUACCUCAGCAGUGGCACAGUUUGCUUGCAGACACAGCAAACAGGCCGAAGCCUAUGGUGGACCCUUCAUGUAUCACUCCUAUCCAGCUGGCUCCUAUGAAGACUAUCGUUAGAGGAAAUAAACCUCGCAAGGACACUUCAAUCAAUGGCCUACUAGAAGAAUUUGACAAUAUCUCAGUAACACGUUCAAAUUCCCUCCGGAAGGAAAGUCCUCCCACCCCACACCAAGGAAACUCAAACCAUGUUCAAAGCCACCAGGAGGAAAAUGGUUAUCUCACAUAUUCUCAAUAUUCCAGUGAAUCGGACGCCACUACAGACUAUGUCACUGACAAACACAGAGACAAGAGCCUUUUUGGGGAAGAGUUAGACAGAUACUGCAAAGGUAGCUAUGCCAUGAAGCAAAAUGGUCACAUGAUAAAAACAAAACCCACAGAUGCCUAUUAUUCAGAGGUUAAGCCCUUAAAGUCAGACAUCUUGAGGUUCCUUCCAGAUUAUAACACGCACAUGGAAACAAAAAGCAAACCAAUUGAGUACGGUGGCCUAAAGCUGGAAUAUCAAAGGGUUCCAAGUGGAUCUACGCUAGACUAUAGAGAACCCUUUCACUAUGCUCCUUCUAGAACUUCAGUGCAAAGCGAGUGCUCUAAAGAAAGACUGGAAUACAGUGACAGCGAUUGGGGAAGUGGACCCGGCAAGGAUGAUUAUGAGAAAAGACCAAAGUCGUCCUAUGUAAACCAGGCAAGUCCUCAACCAACCAUGAGACAGAGGUCCAGGUCAGGGUCUGGCCUUCAGGAACCAGUCAUGCCCUAUGGAGCAAGUGCUUUUAAAUCCAAUCAACAAGGACAUUCAUAUAGUUCGUACACCUACCCUCGCUUGUCAGAAACUGCAGCAGGCAUCCCGAAGGUGGAUUAUGAUCGCGCACAGAUGGUAGUUAGCCCACCGCUAUCUGGAUCAGAUACCUACCCCAGAGGCCCAACAAAGCUACCUCAAAAUCAGAGCAAAGUUAGUUAUACAAGCCCUGGCUACCAGUACCCUUCAGUCUACCACAAAGCUGUUCAUUAUCACCAGCCUUCAUUCCAGUCAAGCUCCCAUUAUAUCUCCACGGCUUCUUACCCAAGCUCCCCAAGCAUCACAUCAAGUGCUUAUCCACCACCCAGCUGGGUUUCAUCGUCAGAUCAGCAACCCUCCAGGGUGUCUCAUGAACAGUUCAGAGCUGCCCUGCAGCUAGUUGUCAGCCCUGGUGACCCUAGGGAAUACUUGGACAACUUUAUCAAAAUAGGAGAAGGUUCCACUGGAAUAGUUUGCAUUGCCACUGAGAAGCACACAGGAAAGCAAGUUGCAGUGAAGAAAAUGGAUCUCAGGAAACAGCAGAGAAGGGAACUACUCUUCAAUGAGGUUGUGAUAAUGAGGGAUUACCAUCAUGAAAAUGUGGUUGAUAUGUACAACAGUUACCUUGUUGGUGAUGAGCUGUGGGUUGUGAUGGAGUUUCUAGAAGGUGGAGCUUUGACAGACAUUGUGACUCACACAAGGAUGAACGAAGAGCAGAUAGCUACAGUUUGUUUAUCUGUACUGAAAGCGCUGUCCUACCUGCAUAAUCAAGGCGUUAUUCAUCGUGAUAUCAAAAGUGACUCCAUACUUCUUACAAGCGACGGAAGGAUUAAAUUAUCAGAUUUUGGGUUUUGUGCCCAAGUGUCAAAGGAAGUCCCAAAAAGGAAAUCCCUGGUUGGAACUCCAUACUGGAUGGCACCAGAGGUGAUAUCAAGACUGCCAUAUGGAACGGAGGUGGAUAUCUGGUCACUUGGUAUCAUGGUCAUAGAAAUGAUAGAUGGAGAACCACCAUAUUUCAAUGAGCCACCACUCCAAGCAAUGCGCAGAAUCCGAGAUAACUUACCUCCACGGGUGAAGGACAUACAUAAGGUAUCCUCAGUCCUCCGAGGGUUCUUAGACUUGAUGUUGGUGAGGGAGCCCUCACAGAGAGCAACAGCACAAGAACUACUAAGGCAUCCAUUUUUGAAACUGGCAGGCCCUCCUUCCUGUAUCGUGCCACUCAUGAGACAAUACAGGCACCGCUGAGUUGGAUGAACCUUCAGGUGGAGGGUUGUACAGAGGUUGGAUAAAGACUUGCGAAGGAACCCAGAGAUUAUGUGGAAACCAUGGGAAGGGCAACAGAAUAGAAAUGUAUCACCAUCAAAAUCAUUCUGGAAAUAACUCAGUGUACAAAGUAAUGAGGCGCUCUCCAGGGUUAUGAAGGACUUUCUACAGUUCUUUGCCGUUAAAUCAGCUGGCUUCUAGCACUAUUGUGUGGAGCAGAUCUCUCAUAGACAGUUCACUUUGUCUUUCAGCCACCGAAGCAGAAGGACCCAAUUAUAAACGUGGUUGAUAAGAAAAAAUAAUAGAAUAUAGCACAACCAGGAUGAAACACCAAGAUUUUAUUGAAGAAAAAAAGUUAAUGAUAUGGCACUUCUAUUUUGGAAGAUCACUUUUCUGGCAAAAAGCACUUUUUAGCUCAGUCAUAGCAGUGUAAUGUAUUUUGAAAUGAAUUUGUAAUUUUCUGUACAGUACUUUUUGAUAAUUUACAGUACUUUGAUGUCAUGUAACCAUUGUGCUUGUUGAAGUAAUAUGUAACUUAGAAAAAGUUUGAACAAGACCUUUCCUACUUUUUUAUCCCUUUUGAAAAGAGAAAAAAAAAUUAGGAGCUUAGAAUGCAAGCAAAUUUUCCAUCAGCUUCAGCCAAAUACACUUGUUACUUUUAAAGGAGUGUAAACAGCAGAGGCAGAGAUGGGUGCUAACAGUACUAACACGGUAAUGUUUUUCCCAUCAAACCAGUGAAAUUAUUGUUUUAAAGCUCUGAACAAGCUCCUAGAAUCACUAGAUCUGAUGAGAUAAUUAGAGUCACACAGUGGAAAUAAGUAUUUAUGUUGAAUGUUUUAAACUAUAGUUUUGUUACAAUUCAUUGUUUCCAGAACUGUGUAUGGUAGCACAUGUCUAUUUGUUCAAGAAAGAGUUUGUGAAAAAGGGUCAUCUACCAGCAAUAGGGUAGCCCCUUUCUUUUAGUCUGUACUGACCUCAUUGUUGCAAAAUAAUCUUCAUUAUUUAUAUCAUGUAUUGCAAAUUGAUUGCCGAGGUCUCAUUACCAAGCGGGUAUUUUCCAAAUUUCAACCAGACUGUUGUAAUAAUGUUAUGAUGUGUUUGCCAUAUAGAAAAAGGUGUGCUGCUGUCUAAACCUUUUUGAAUGUUAAUACAACAGUUGACUACUAUGAUAAUUUUUUGUGUUGCUUGUUAGAUGAACUUGCAUGUUAACUGUAGGCCUAAAUAGAUUUGCCUUUAAAAUUUUUAGAAAUGUUUCAUAAUUAUUUCAAUGAUAAAUUAAUUUUAUUUAUUAAUUAGUUCAUAUUAAUUAUGUAUACUACAAAAGCCAUGUCUUUUCCAAUUUUUUUCCUACUGACCUCAUUUUACAAUAUGAUUAUGAAACAUAAAUCCAGUUUCAUGAAAACACUCUAAUUAGUUUAUUUCUUACAAUGGAAUUUUGUAGUGAAUAAGUUGUUCGAUGUUUCUUGUAGUAAAAUAUAGAAAAAAACAGACAACAUUGGCAUGCUGCUGGUCUGAUUUCUCUGAGUUUUCUUCCUGGACAGAUUUGCCAAUAAUUUAAAAGCCCCAUAUUUCAUGCCAUACAAAUAGUGCAAAUUAGAAACAAAACUAGACAAGAAUGUCAAACAUUAUGUAAAUCCUCUUUCUCAGUUUACCACUAAAUUUGUCUCGUUUAACUUUACAAAAUAAACCCUAUCUCAUGACGUUCCCAGUGCCAUAAAUACUUUUCAGAGUUGAUAGGACCCAAGACAUUCAGUACCUCAAAGAUUUGGACUUGUGAGGGCUUCAGUCUUUGCUGUGUCCUGUCUUUACUGAUCUUAAAAGUGACCUGGCUUUGCAUAGAUUGGUAGAGCUAAGGAAAGCAGACCACAGCAAAUGUGUCUCCUACAGCAACUUGUAGCGUAUAGCAGCCCUCCUUGAUUAGGGAAACAGUGCUAGCUUGAUCCUGGCAUUUCUUAGAAAUGAUGGCAUUUGAAGAUUACAACUGUGCCUCUGUUCUUUUCCCUUUCUAUUUGCCUGAAUUUGACUCAGAGCAUAUUAAAUCCUUAUAUUCUGUAGUCUGGGUAACUCAGGAAAAAGGCUGCAUCAAUAGAGGCAGUAAUGGACCAGGAAAAAAAAUUAUACUAAACACAAAAAUCAAUCUUUUAAUCAUCUUUGAAUAAAAAUAAUGAUUUUUAGAUUCUGCACAUUUUAAACUGUGCAAGUGGAAGAUUUUUCUGUAAUUUUCUUAUCACUAGAUAUUUUUAAACAGUAUUCAUUGAGUUUACUAAAGGUUAUUGUCAGCUUAAAAGAUUUUGUGAGCACCAGCUACUGGUGAAAAAAAUGCACAUGCAAAUAAAAGAUAAAUGUUUGCAUUC